ACAACAUCGUCAACGACGCCUUCAACACGACCACGGCAACGAUAGACACGACUGACCUAUACCCACGUUACCCCAGUACCCUUAUGCACACAUAACGCAUCAUGCACGCUGUUAGACUGCUUUCGACACUGUUCGUCACAUUCGUGUACUUUUCAACUUCGCUAGCCCAAUUGCCGCUUCCUAACUCGACAUAUCUCCCUCCGAACGCGUCUUUUGGCGUACAACAUGUAAAUGACUCACAGAAGUCUUCCGUAGACCCACACUGGUCUAGCUUGCUCGGUAACUUGCUCUGGUUUUAUGAAGCCCAGAGGAGCGGUAAACUUCCGAGUAAUAAACGUGUACCUUGGAGGAAUGACAGUGCGGUGGAAGAUGGACGAGACGCCGGGCUUGACCUCAGCGGAGGUUAUUACGACGCUGGAGACUAUGUCAAAUAUACCUAUCCUCUCUCCUUUUCCCUCAUGUCUAUAUGCUGGGGAGCCGUAGAUUUUGGAGGAGGAUAUGACUCUGCAAACCAAACCGCAUAUCUUGAUGAUAUGCUUCGUUGGGGUCUUGACUGGCUCAUUAAAGCUCAUCCAUCCCCUAAUACCCUUUUCGUCCAAGUCGGUGAUGGAGACGUAGACAACGCCUACUGGGGCGGCGACCUAGGUAUACCCACUCCCAGAACCUCGUACCAGAUCAACGAAACUAGCCCAGGAACAGACGCCGCUGCUCAAGCAUCUGCUGCGUUCUCUGCUUGCUCGGCUCUCUACGCCAACCAUUCACUUUCAUCUGUCUCAAAUCCCGCCUCACUUACGAAUAUCUCGUACGCUUCAACCCUUCUCUCACACGCUCAACAACUCUAUACCUUCGCCACGAACACUACAGAGAGGACGUACCAAACCUCCGUCCCAGUCUCAGGUCAAGCAUACGCUUCCUCAGGAUUUACAGAUGAAUUGACCCUGGCGUCAUUAUUCCUCUCCCUGGCAUCCAAUUCCUCUCAGCUAUAUUCUCAGGCGGUGUCUGAUUAUCAGAAUUUCCACCUUGAUGAGCAAAUAAGACCCGGUUCAGAAUCAGUAUUCAAUUGGGACGGAAAGUCCCCUGGCAUUGUCGUCCUGGGAGCUCAGAUUGCCAAGAUGUACCCUAACUUGGCUUCAUCCUCGACGUCGGUAAACUGGACUUUGGAAGCUGAGGAUUACCUGGACGGUAUUGUCAAGGGCCGUGGAAGGACUUUUCUUACAGACGGCGGCCUUCUCUGGUAUCCCGGAGACUCAAACGACGCAUCCCUCAACCCGGCUCUAAACGCAGCCUUACUCCUCACCCGUUACGCAACAUCCAACCUCCCACCCUCCUCACAACGUAAUUCCUACCUCACUUUCGCUCAAUCCCAACUCAACUACACUCUCGGCGCAAACCCAAUGAACGUGCCCUACAUCGUAGGCACACACCCAAACUCGCCUCAAAACCCACAUAGCGCUAUAGCAACCGGUGCCUCGCCAUACGAUAUCGCGAAUAUCGAUACGGUGCCAGAACACGAACGAUAUGUGUUAUAUGGGGCAGUUGUAGGAGGCCCGGAUACGAGGGAUCGGUUUUGGGAUUUGAGGAGUGAUUGGGUGCAAGGUGAAGUUGCGUUGGAUUAUAAUGCGCCUUUACUCAGUUUGGUGGCGUAUACGAUUAUGAACCAAACUACUGCAACGCAAGAACCGGUGUUUGUGUCGAUUGAGGAAGGGUCGUAUGUGAAGCCGAAGAAUUCGCCCUGUGACGAUGCUGUCAAGACAGGUUGUGGAAUUCAUCCGUGGCCCAAGGGCGCGAAGAUCGCGUUCGCUGUUGUGAUUACUAUCGUUGGGUUGAUCAUUUUGGGUUUUGGGACGUAUUGGAUUGUGUUGGCUACACGUAAUUCUACAAAGGUGGGAUAACGUUAAUUUCUCACUUAGCUUAUGUAGUGUUAUUUGUGGAGCUCAUUUUUUGGGGGGUCCUUCAUGGUUCAUAUUCUUUCAUGCUAUCAUGUAUUCCAGUGUAACUAUACGACCCCAGGAACAAUGUUGACACGAUUUCUGCACUUGCGUAAAUGAUUCUAAACCCAAAAACAGAACAACGCACCUCCAAAACAUAUCGCUCCUCCUCCUUCAACUCCUCUAGGAAGGUAGCAGCAUGCUCAGUUUCUAGCCCCUCAAACUCCCCAAGAGCCCCAACCAAGGCUUCAUGUACAUCCGGUACAGGCCACGUCGGUCCGCACAGAUAAAACACACCCUUCUCCCUUAACAACAACCUCGCAAGGUCCUUACCAUCUUCAUGCAUCUUGUGCUGAAUAUAUAUCUUCUUCCGGGUAUCUCGCGAGAAGGCUAAACCCGCGCGUGUGAUUGUACCGUCCAGGAUGAAGGCUUCAAUCUCUUCGCCAUAGAGGUAUUCUUGAGCGCGGUGACGAGAACCAAAGUAGUAGAAGGUCGGUCCGACGGGGAUGUUUUGCUGUGCGAGCCAGGCACGAUGUUGUAGGAAUGCGCGGAAGGGCGCGACACCUGUACCGAGACCUGCCAUAAUGAUGGGUUGGGUGUGUUCGGGAGGGAGCUAGAGAGACGAGAUAAGUUCAAAGACAUUGAAUAAGCAGGUUAAGAGGGUACGCACCUUCAUUACGCUGGGUCGAAUCGAAACAGUCACUUUCUGCCCGACUUUCAAUCCAGCGAGGUAUCGAGUACAUUGACCAU